AUGGAAUUAAUAGAAUCCCAGCCCGGAAAGGGUGAACUAGGGAAAUCUGCACAGCCAAAACUUCCUCCUCCUCCUCCCAAGUCACCCCUUCCUCCUCCUCAGCCGUCUCUGCCAUCCAGACCUGGUCCUGCUGAUCUGAAGAGGAAGAGAGAGCAUAAGGGAAAAUAUGUGGUAGAUGUUGGGAGGUCUCAUCCUGCUCAUGAAGACGAGACCCAGAGAGCUGCGAAGCAGCAAAGGGUCAGCCAGACCUCGCAUAGAGGCGUGGAGAGAGGGAAUACUCAGCCUCUAGAGCCUCAGGCUUGGCCUCCAACACCUAUGCUAAAUGGUGAACCACUGAGGGAUGAUGCAUCACUCAGGGAUUUCAAUAGGGGUAUUGGAUGCCAUAUUGCCUCAGCUCUAGAAGGGGCUCUGUUACUCCCUAAUGAUAUGGCCGAGCUGAGGAACAUCAGGAAGAAUGAAGCUGUCCAAGCCAUUUUUAGGAUUGAGGAGAUAACCAACUCUUACUAUCAGCAGUUGGACGAUGAGAAGAGAAGGCAUGUAGCAGCUGUACAAUCGUUCAACUUUGCUGAUCAAAGCAGUGCAGAUUUAAGAAAAAAACUGGCCGAGGAGGAGAAGGCUCGGAAGAGUGCUGACUCGGCUUUGGAGAGCGCUGAGUGGCAGGCUGAGGAUCAGAGGCAGGGCCUUCGUGAGGCCAAUGACCAGCUGGCUUCUUACAAGGAGCAAAUAGCAGCCCUCAAGAAGAAACUGGAAGAAGCCCAAAAGCUUAAGGAUCAUGCUGAAAAAUUGAGAGCUGAGGCCAAGAAGGCAAAAAUAGAGGUCGAGAAGGCUAGAGACGAGGCUGAACAGCAUGGUUACGAUGUUGGCAUAGCCGAGACAGGGGAUACCCUCCAGGCAGAGGUCCCUGCCGUAUGUCGAGCCUACUCCAUACGUGCCUCGGACCUUCCUCCUAAUCAAGAUGAGGUGGCCUCUAUAGUUGCUGACCCGGUCGAGGAAGCACAACCUCAGAAUCUUCUUCCUCCCAAUCAGCAGGAGCAGUCAAAGGAACCUGAAGUUUCGAAGGAAACAUCCUCGGACAAGGCCACAGAGGUUCCACAAGACGGGGCAGCUUCCCAAGGUUUUGAACAGGCUUUAGCUUUAAUUACUAUGCCUGCUGAGGGAGCCCCCAAAGAAAAAGAGAAAGCAAUUCCUACUGAAGCGGACAAGCCAGUUAACAAAAACCCUAAGGAAAAGCUUUAG